AUGUGGGGCAAAAAGAAGAGAACCUUUGUCGGUCCCUCCACCAAAAAGACACUUCGUCCUCGAUACCAAGAUCGUGAAGGUAGUAUGGCGGUAUUCCCCCUGUGGACACGGAAAGAAGGAUUCGGUGUUAUUAGCAUCUUCAAAGGACCAGACAAUACUCUGUAUAUUGAAAAUGAUAGCAUACCGCUAGGAGAGACUGCAUAUUUUGCCAACAAGCCGGAUUUGAGGGUUGUGAAGUAUGAUGGAGAACUGUUACCUGCUGAGGACUAG